AUGGCUCAACGCCUAUCAUCAUCAUCGGUAGACAAAGGCUUCAUUCUCUCGCCAGCAGCCCUGCAAAACCCGGCGACCUCUGAUCCAGUAUUCCUGCGUAUCCUAGAAUGGUAUUUGCCGCAGGACAUACUCGAAGGUAUUGCCCCCCGCUUAGAAAAGUUUGGGUCUGAGGCAAUAUCCGAAGAGAUCACUGCGCUCAUUGGCAAUGCUGAAAGACAGAAACCAUACGUGAAAACAAGGAAUGUCUGGGGUGCGCGAUAUGAUUCUGACCGCUUGGUGACGAGCACUGGCUGGAAGGAGCUAGGAAGAUGGGGGAUCAAAAACGGCGUGGUGGGCCUUGCAUAUGAGGAAGAAUUUGGAUCGCAUCGUCGAACUGUCCAGCACGCCUUUAACUACCUAUUCUCGGCGUCAUCAGCAGCAUAUUCCUGUCCUGUUUCAAUGACAUCCGGGGCAGCACGAUUGGUCCGACAUCAGUUAGCUAGCUUGGCCCCAGAACAUCCAUUUCACGAGCUUUAUGCACGUCUGAUCGCCCGCGAAAACAAUUGGAUUUCCGCCCAAUGGAUGACUGAACGACCAGGGGGAAGCGAUGUACGCAACAGUGAGACUUUCGCGGUAUAUUCGCCGUUGAAGACAAAAUCCGGACCUUUUGGCACCAUUGAAGAAGGUGAUUAUCUGCUCUCCGGCUUUAAAUUCUUUUGCAGUGCCACCGAUUGCCACAUUGUUUUGCUGUUAGCCAAAAUGGAAUCGGGUGAGAUAUCGCUCUUCGUGGCUCCCACUGCGAGGAAAGUUAUCAGUACCGAUGGAACGAUGAAAGAAGUCUCCAAUGGAAUCCGAAUCCAUCGGUUGAAGAAUAAAAUGGGAACGAAGGAGCUGCCUACCGCCGAGGUUGAACUUCAAGAUACGCGUGCGCACCUUAUUGGUCCGAAGGAUCGUGGCAUCGCUACUGUUGCUCUUUUGUUGAAUGUCACACGAAUGCACAACUUUGUGACUGCACUCUCCUGCCUGCGGCGGGCACUAGACAUUGCAAAGAAUUUUUCCAAGGCUCGUGCCACUAUUGAUCAACCAUUGUGGACAUUUCCGAUGCACCUUAAUAUUCUAUCUCAACUGGAAGUCAAGCACCGCGGAUGGAUGCAGCUGGCUUUCUUCACUUCUUCGCUUCUCAGUUAUGUUGAUAAUGGAUUUCCUGCGCAGACACCGGGGAUGUUUUCAUUCCUGUCAAGAUUUCCCGAUGCAGCAACGGUGGUGCUACGGGUAUUCACUUCAACAGCAAAAGCUGUUAUCUGUAAAUCUUCUACUCUGGCUUUCCAGGAAUGCCAGGAGGCGAUGGGUGGAGUUGGCUAUAUUGAUGAGCCCGAGGAGCCCGAGUUCAACGUCAGUAGACUUUGGCGUGAUACAGCAAGCAAUAGCGUCUGGGAGGGAACUACAAAUGUCCUGGCCAGUGAGACUGUACGACAUCUGACCAAGGGCCAUAAUCUGAAGUUGUUUGAUACUUGGAUGGGGAGCUGCAUUGACCAGAUCUCAGAUCAUGUAUUUCAGACAACUUUAUCGAUUAUAUGGAAACAGCUCAGGGCGAAACUGGCUGUCGGUAAGAGUGACCAUGCGCUACCAGGUCUUCUCAGUGUUGGUCGCCAAGUCAUAUUUACCUUGGCAUGGCUAGUUUGUGGCAUAUUACUGACCCUAGAUGCCCAGCGAGACAAUAAUGAUAUUGCUCAUGAGAUUGCCCGAAGAUGGGUGCUUGAUGGACAGGGCGUGCCCGGAGAGUUCGCCUUUCCAGAUAUGAUCUAUCAAUACUCAGCUAACAAUCGGGUGGGCAAGUCUACAGACGUGGAGUGUACGAAUUGGGAUUGUCGUAUAGUUUGGGGCAUGGAUCUUCCGGCAAAUCCUUCUGUGGGAUACAGAGUGUCCAAAAUUUGA